AGAUCAUAAAUGCGAUGUCGCGCACUGGAACUUUUAAUGAAGGUUUUCAAGGUUAAAAGCACAGAAAAACAGACUUGGCUUAUGUUACUUGGCGGACCUGAAAUGGUUUAAAAUGGUAACUUUUGUGCUAUGUGAUUUUUUAUUCUUGUUUUCGAGAAUUUAAUGUAUGUUAACCUCUGGUAAAGGCAACGCAAUGACAAGCUAUAUAAGCAACUCAUUUUUAAUUCAGCCUAAUACUAAGCAAAGUGAGUUCAUUGAUCAAUCUGUUCAAGUUGGCUCGGUUAAACACAAUAGAUACUCUUGUAAAAUCUACGUCUGUAAAUUUACAAUGUUUGUGACUUGCUUCCUAAUAUUCAUUCUUUCGACUCCCAUUGCCGAGAUAAAUUGCGGUUUGUUCAAUAUAUUCGAUCCAAAAGUCGAUGGAAACGUGUACCAAAUGUGGGAUUUGCUGUUCUUGCUAACGAAAAAUAACAUUAAAUUUUUACUGUCUGGAAAGGACUCCACACCAAUAGAGCAAGCAGUGACAUUCUGGUGUGCCAAUAGGUGAGUGUCAAAGCCUCUUUGAACAAAUGAAAGCCUUGAGCUACAGUCUAAAUCAUUACAGUGAAUCCCGCGUCCUACAACAAGCGUUCCCAAACAACUCCCGGAUAAAGCACAACAUCAACCCGACCAAACCGAUGCACAUUAUCACUCACGGUUGGUUGGAUAACCCGAACCGGAACUGGGUCCAAGCAACGGCCCGUAACCUUCUGGAGCACCUGGACACAAACGUCUGCAUCGUUGGAUGGCGCAAUCUGGCCCAUUACUACUACUCCCUGACGGCCCGUGUCCACACCGUAAAAGUGUCCACCCACUUGACCCAAUUCAUCGGGUACCUCAACGACCUAGGACUCCCACUUAAGAACAUCACCCUAAUCGGACACAGCUUGGGGGCGCACAUCAGCGGACAAGUUGGGCACAACUUCCACGGGCAAAUCGGCGCAAUCUACGGACUCGAUCCGCCGGAACUGCUGUUCUCCGUCGCCCGAGGUCACCAGUUUCGGCUGGAUCGCAGUGACGCGCGGUACGUGCAGAUGAUCAUCGUCACCAGGAAUGCCGGGGGACUGCGGCGGCCGGAUGGACACGAAAACUUCUUCCCCAAUGGUGGAGUGUUUCCGCAGCCGAACUGCGUCCUGCCGCUGUUUGAAAGUGCUGAGUUUUCCGACCUCCUGUUCUGCAGUCAUCUGCACGUCACGACCCUGUUCAGGCUGUCGAUAGUGCCGGGCAACGCGUUUGUGGGGAGGGAAUGUGAAAGCUAUGGGGCGUUUUUGCAUAAACUGUGUGCGUCCGACAGGACUAACCGGUUGGGAAUCUACAGUGAUCGAUCCGGAGGAGACUUUUAUUUGAAAACGUCUUGGUUUUCUCCGUUUGUGAGUUCGAAAAAUGAACGGUUUCUUCCGAAAAUGGUGUCAUGAGUUUGAAAACUAGUAGAAAAUUUAAAUUAAAAUGUGAAGGUUUACCUACCAGUGUUAUUUAGUAUUAACGAAACGUGAGUGACAAAUGGCUAAGGAAAUAAAUAAGAAAAUUCUAC